CACGUGGAAACUGCGGUUGAAGCGGACGUGUUUUUCCGAUUCUGGUAGGGUUCUUCUGAGACCGUCUGAUCAUUAAAAUGAUCCAUGAGAGAUCGAUAAGCGAGAGGUGACAGCCGAACCGAGCCGAGCCGAGCCGAGCCGGGCUGGUUCGUCAUGUCCGGACAGAGGGGCGGGAAAUCCCUGAUCAUUACUGACGAUGAGGAAGAGGAGGUCCAGGAUGGGCUGAACCCGUUCUCCUUCAAAGCGUUUCUGCGCUGGAAGAACCAGGACCAGGACCAGGACCAGGACCAGAACCAGGACCAGGACCAGAACCAGGACCAGGACCAGAACCAGGACCAGGACCAGGACCAGAACCAGGACCAGGACCAGAACCAGGACCAGGACCAGACACACAGAACGAAGGAGGCUUUGGGGCGGAGCUUCCAGCCAUUGGUGGACAGUGGCUCCUCCCUCUGCGCUAACGAGAAGGAAGAGGAUGCAGAUGAAGACGAUGGAGGAGAGGAGACAAGGUUCUCCUCCAACCCUGAAGGAGGAGACGAGAUGCCCCUCAGCCAAUCGGACGCCAGCAGGGGGCGGAGCCUGAUCCAACAGAUGAGGGAGGAAAACUCGGCGCUGAAGCGGAGUGUCAGGGAGCUGCAGAGGAGAGCUGACCUCCACCAGUCCAGGGCGAGGCGGCUCUCGGAGGAGCUGCAGCAGAGGAGGCGCCAGGAGGAGCAGGAGGCGCAGGACCUGGAGAGCAUGGUGCAGUCAGUGGAGCAGAACCUGCAGCUGAUGAAGAGGCGAGCAGUGAAAGCUGAGAGCAGUGUUUCCAGACUGAAGGCAGAGCUUCAGCAGCUGCAGUUGGAGGCAGAAGCUCUGCGAUCAGAAAACAACCGUCUGAAGGCUGCUGAAUCUGAGGUCGUCAUGACGAUGAGACAAAACGCUCAGGUGGCGGCUGAGUACCUGAGCAAGUCAGCAAGCCACGCCCACUCCUCCGUCAGGCAGCUGAUGGAGGAAGCAGAGACUCUCCGUUUAGUCUCUCAGCUCCUGCAGUCCAUCGAUAAGAUUUCCAGUGUUCAGCCUGAACACCUGCAGGACACCUGAGGGUGCAGUUGCCAUGGAAACAGUGGAGUCAGCACCCUGAGGAUUUACUUUAAGAAGAGAGGGAAGAUGGAGGAGGUUCAGCUUCAGAUCUGUCCUCCUGGACUCCAAGUUUUUACUGUUAUUGUUUUGAUUUCUGUGAGAUGAUGAAGAUGAAGAUGAAGAUCUGGAGGUUUCAGCGCUGAGCUGUCCUCCUCCAGGUUCUGAGAAAAUGACCAGAUUUUAGAAAAUGAUAGCCACAUAAUGAUUUCUCGUUACAAAGGUUUGGUUUGAACUCUGACCCCUUGCUAAAGGUUUGACCUUGACUUUGAUGUAAACUUACGGGAUCGAUAACUGUUCCUUCUGAUCUAUUUUAAUAAAUAAAAACCUGAAUGAAUCUCAGUAAA